AGAAAUGUAUAAUACUCAUAAUAUAGUGGUCUUCCUCUACUAAAGUUGAAUUUUAAUUAAAACCUCGGACAUGUGUGUGUGUGUGCGUACAUUAUAAUAUGAGACACAGAUUACAAAUCGAGUGUUUGUUAUACGAAAAGCUCGUGCGCGACACGUGGACGCUCUAAAAAAGUUGUCGCAAUGAAAUAUCGUGUCAUGCGAAGACGCGGCGGACGACACGGGACGACGAAUUUCGGACGGCGAAUUGAGAGGGGGAGAGAAAGGGAGAUCAAAGGAGCCCCGCAAAGUGUGUUCGCGCGCGCGGUCGACUCGACCGAAUCUUCGCGUGCUGCGGAUCGAUUGGCGUGACACAUCGGGCCCGCGGAGCAAGUGAGUCCGGAUAUCGCGGGAAUCUUGUUCUUGUGUGAAACGUUACUUCCGCGAAUCUCACGCAUAUUCGCACGGCGACAACGGCGAGGACGUCGACGACGACGAGCUUGUGCUUUAUAAGUGCUUCGGACUGCGACCUCGCGUUUACUUCGAGUGGACGACUACCUGUCGCCGGGGAUUUCAUUGCGCGGAUCAUCGGCCGGCGACCCUCGUCUUCGCAUUGACGGCGCCGUAGCCAAGAUCACGAUGACUAUGGACGUGAGCAAAUCCGAGACGAAUAAAAAUGGUUCGACGCAGCAGGAGUGCGCCGGUUGCGGGAAAACAAUUACGGAGAGGUACCUCCUCAAGGCUCUGGACCUCUACUGGCACGAGGACUGCCUCAAGUGCGGAUGCUGCGACUGUAGGUUAGGAGAAGUCGGCUCUACCCUAUACACCAAAGCUAAUCUUAUCCUCUGUAAGAGGGACUACCUCAGGCUCUUCGGGAACACAGGAUGCUGCGCGGCAUGUAAUAAGCAAAUACCGGCAUUUGAAAUGGUUAUGAGGGCCAGGACGAACGUCUAUCAUCUCGACUGUUUCGCCUGUCAACAAUGCACUCAUCGGUUUUGCGUGGGCGAUCGGUUUUACUUGUGCGAGAACAAGAUUCUCUGCGAGUACGAUUACGAGGAGAGGCUAGCGUUCGCUAAUAUGGCGAUACAAUCACCCGCCUCAUUAGCAUACAUCAAAAGGCAACUCCCUCCUACACCGACGCCCCCGGGUCAGAACAUGCAUCCGGGACACAAUCCGCUCCAGGCUCAUCAAGGUCUGGGACAGUCGGUAGCUCAGCACAAUCAUGUGUCCAACGGUCAAAUGUCAGGCGGCACGCCAACGGUGAACGGGACGGCUAUAGGGGUCGGCGGACCGAGGGCGCCGGGUGACAUGAACAACAACGGUCUGUCUGGACCCGCCCUCGGACCGGUAAAGCCACCCCCGAUGUCUAUGCAGGCGCCGACCAGCUGAAACGAGGCUUCACCACCUCUGAAGAAGCUCAGGUGUCUCAGCGGUUAUUAAAGCCGACGCGAGAGUAGUUUCUUUCCUCGCUCGUGGAACAUAAUCGAAGAUUCCAGACAGCGAAAGAUGCGGAGGAAGCGUCGUUGAGAAUAUUAGGAUGAAAAUGGUUUGGAGGGACUGAAAGAAUGACACGUAAUAGAAUUGGGUGUAGACAGGGGGGAACCAAGACGAGAGAAAAAGUCGUGGCAGGGUCGCGCGAAAGAUCGGACGAGCUCGAAGUGAAAAUCCGAGGUUUCGUGGACAAAGUGACUGGAGGGGAUUGGAGAUUGGAAUCACUGUGAUCGUGAAAAAUGAACAAAUUUAAUGGAAGAUAUAUAAUUACAGUAGAAUACGCGCGCGCGCGAGAUACGAGCUGGAGCUCGAUAUACUGUAUUUACUGAGAGAAGCACAUACACAGGUACAUGUAUACACUGAAUACACGAAUACACGGACAACGCAAGCGUUCAAAUGACGUCGUAAAAUUCUCUAGAUAUCUUUCAGGCAUCCCUUGGACUUUUGUGUCGUUUGUUGAUGCAUAUACGCGUCUUGUAAAAUACGAUACGAUACGACACCCGACACACGUAAAAAUAAAUUAGAUGAUUCGUGUAAGAUAUAUUUCUAGCGAAAAGAGAGAAUGGGAGAGAAUGUGUGAUUCUGCGCGAAUACGAAAAUUUACGUGUGCGUGAACGGCGGAGUCGUCUGUAAAUAUAUCUGUGUCGUAUCCGACUCCGCGUGAGAGUGUGUAAGAAAAGAUGAAACAAUUACCGUAUACGCAGGUCCACCGAAAUAAUUCUUAUCCCGCUCGUGAUAUCGCCGUCGUCCAUCCAUAAGGACGUAGAGCGCCGAUUCAAAGGAGAGAACUUUUAGCGAAAAGGACGCGAGGGGUUCUGUAACACGUGCCAUAAUCCUGCGAUCUCCUAUUUUAUGAUCGAAAGUGCGCAAUCAUGAAAGGGAGAAAAGAAGUAAGAUAAUAAUCAUUUUAUAUUUCGGAAAAUUGGAGAAAAAGAUCGGGGGUAAUGCAAACAUUGAAUAUAUCGUAUCGAAAUUUAUAUUAAGUUUUCAUCAUCGCGUAGUAUUGAUCCGAUUAAAUUAUUUUUUUGUGAGACUUUCUAGUCUCGUGAAAUUUCUCUUAUGUCGCAAGUCAGAUCAGUUUGCGACAGCUGAUACCAAAGAUUAAUUAAAAACGUUAGGUUAAGAACCCCUCGGAGAGCGAACGCCGCGGAAAGAUUCAGUUUUAGACAGCCCGACGCGCGUCACGGCGAAUUAUUUUCCGUAAGCUUCGUCCGGCAAGUUUUCGCGGAAGUGUAACGAACUUUCAGAGAUCUCGGCUCAUGGAAAAGAGGAAACAAUUUUUUUUAGAUAUUUUAUUAAUCAUACAAUUAAUAUUAUUUUUUAUGUCCACGAUUUUAAAGGUUUAUUAGCGAUAAUGAAAUAGAUUCAAAGUAAUUUAUGACAUUUCGCGAGACUGGGCCGAGAGUCGCGAAUUCACGCCGGAUCAGAGCGAGGGGCUUAGUCUCAUUUAGCUUUAAUGCUUUAAUGCCAAAAAUACAAACGGCGUUUAUCUAUACCAAACGCUGAACGGCAUACAUUCGUAAUCGUAUGGGAGCAGAAAGGAGAUCGACGGAAACGCUCUUGCCACAUUGGUUGCCACGAUAUUAUUAACCGCGAACUCGUAACGCUAUUAACUGUGAGCAAUUUCCCGCGACGCCGGAAAUACCGAUCCGUCUCAUUCCCGCGUAUAUCCGGGCUUUCUCUCGUUUCCGGCCGGUUGCAUCAAUAUCGCGCGUUGGCGAAAAUAACUAUGACACUACUCACUUUUCUCGUCUGGCGUUGCGCACACACAUACACACUCCCAUACACAAUAACAUUUCUUUUUUAUCUUAUAGAUAUUACUAUGGCUCAAUCAUCUAUAUGUUGCGAAUCAUUAUUUCAUUCUAGAGACAGGAUUAAUAAUUAUCUAAUUAAAAUGGUCGGCGCUGAUUCAAACGAAGUCUAUAUCGGUAAUCACUCCGAUGAUGCGACAUAUACGAAAGUUGAGAGAAAGUGCGCGUAACGGGAAAUUAAUUUAUAUUGGACACUUGUAAAAUUUAUCGAGCAGAGCAACGGAUCGAGCGCCCGACGACUAUGUCGUAUUGCGUUAGUACAAAGAUCCCACGACAUGGCGAAGGGAGGGAGAUCAAAUACGAUGGAGGCGAGCAGUGCGAGCGAAAUGAACAUUAUCUCUCACAUAGGACAGAGAGAACAGAGAACGGACUCUUUCCCAUUUUUUAUUCAUCUGUAUAUAAUAUCACUCUUACCUAGGAUUCUAUUAAUAUAUUAACGACCCUCCCUCUCUCUUUACGGAAGGGGAGGGACUCCCAUUACUACCGAGAAAAUAUAACAUUCUUAUAAAUACAA